AACUGCAACUGCAACUGCAACUUAAGGCAGAGUGAUCAAGUGGCACAUCGCAAACUGUAAACUGUGAAUGACAAUUACAACACAAGUUCCCAAGUGAACAAUCUAUCAACAUUACAUAAAAUGAAAGUGCUUAUACUCAUCUCACUGCUCGCCUUGUCGUGCCACGCCCAGCAUCAGCAUCAGCACCAGCAUCAGCAUCAUGCACACCUCAAUGCGAAUAACAUUCCACGCGAUGAGAAGCCAGAUCAUCGUCAUGAGGAUCCUCGCGAGACCAGCACCUGGAUUCCCAUUCUGAAGUACAACAAGGAGCAGAGCGAGGAUGGCAGCUACAAGACCGAAUACGAAACGGGCAACAAUAUUGUGCACGAAGAGACGGGCUUCCUCAAGGACUUCGAGACCAAUCCCAAUGGAGUGCUUGUCCAGCAUGGACAAUAUUCGUAUCAAUCUCCGGAGGGUACUCUGGUGAAUGUGCAGUACACAGCCGAUGAGAAUGGAUUCCGUGCCACCGGGGAUCACAUUCCCACACCACCCGCCAUACCGGAGGAGAUUCAGAAGGGACUCGAUCAGAUCUAUGCGGGCAUUAAGCUGCAGCAGGAGCGAUUGGAGCAGCGGGCCAAGAGUGAUCCUGCCUUUGCCAAGAAACUCGAGGAGCGACGAGUUGCUAAUCAGAAUGGUCAAUACAUUGGCCUGCUAGAGAACCAAUAGAGAGUGCACCAAUAGAGAGAGAGAGCGCCGUAGAACCUAAACCUCAACCAGGAAAUCAAGUGCUGCACAUAAUUCGAGAAUUCUUCCAAAUUGAUGCGAAGGAAAGACUGUGAUUUCUGAUAUUAAAUGCAAAUUGAAAUUAACAUAUUCCUGGAAAUUCGCACGUAACACAUAAAUCAAAAAAAAAAAACUAAUCAAAAUACUUCAGCACAAAUAUUUAUAUUAACGAUCGUGAAAGUUUUGUUGCAAGCGAAACAACAACAGCAGAAAACAAAUAAAAGAAACCAACUUUUGAAUAAAAGCGGAAAAGCAAAGUUUCCGUCAUGUCAAACACACACACACACACACAUGCGACCCUAAGCAAACAUUAUUCAACGCUUUUCCAUUUCCAUAUGUUUCCACCACUUACAAUAGUUUCCCUUCCUCCCCUUGACUCCCUCCAUCCCAUCUACUUUAAUGCUCACAAAACGUGACAAUGCGCAAUGGCUUUUGUUAUUAUUUUUUGUUUUUAUUUUAAUUUUAUUUUUUCACAGCUUCAAUUACCUCAUGUGUGCUGUGUGCACAUUUGUUAAUUCAAUUCCAUGAAUUAUAAGUUUGCCAGUUUUUUUUGCGAAUAAUUCACAUUUUCUCAGCUUCGAUUUUCCAUAUGCCUCGCAGACUUUUCGACAGCCCCGUCAGACCGGCUCUUGCAUAAUUAUGACAGCUUUUCUCUCUCUUGACGUUUUGACUUGGUUUCGAUUUUACAAAGUGUUACAUCCAUGUAACUGAAGUGCUCCUUAGCAUAAAUGCUCUGGGCAAACUUUAACUUUCAGUUUUUCAGCUAGGACUCUUGAUGCGGUUUGAGUUGAUCAACAACUUUAGAGAUAAAUUUAUAUUCUAA